AUGGGGAGAUACGCUCCUCAAGCUAGUGUGGUGCAACAAACGGAAAAAGCUAAGCGUAGGAGAUUGCACCAUGACGAAGAUCAAGAUUUGGAUAUGCUUGUUACGGAAUCUUGGCCCGAACAUGGCCCCACCACCUGGGGGAACUCCCCGCAUGCUACGUGGGGCAAUGCUUGGCAGGGUGAUGGCUGGGUCAGUGAUCCUGCCUCGGGCUGGUGGUACCGGGCGGGUGAAGAGAUGUGGGAGGACUCUGAGGCUUGGGAUGGCUAUUGGAGGAGUGGGAGAAACGCGCGCUCCAAACCCGUCACCAACGCAGGCUGGCGGAGUGCGAACCAGACCAGCGCUGAAAAGUGGGAAUGGUGGCCGCAAGCUUCUAGGAAAGUCUGCAAAGAUACCUUCAAACCCACCGCUGCUUUUCACGGCGUUGUGUCCUCGGAGUGGACUCGCGGUACAGAGCCGGUCACGAAAGCUACUGUUGUGAAAGCUUUGAGUGAAGGCACUGAUUUCAAAGGAAAUGUGUUAAUUUUGCAUUCCCCUGAACAGAUUUGCGAGCUCAGAGACCUUUGGAAGUCGCUGUGUUGUGAACGCUCCCUCACUGUCGUCGCGCCACAGACCAGCACUGAGGUCUUUGAGGGCACUGUUGCCAAGGUCACAGUUCGCAGAGCGAAGGGGGCUAUGUCCUUGGAGCAUGUGGUGCUGUGGGCCCUGGGCCCGAAAGGCACUUGCACAUGGCCUAAGCCAGCUGUCAAAACUGACUUUGCAAAGUUUGAGGGAGAGAAGAAGGUCACAGUGCGCAUCUCUGCGCCGGAGGCCUACCGAAGUCGCUUCUUUGAUGAAGGCAAGUCCGAUUCUCCGGCGAAGCUGGUUAAAGAAGUUGCCUCCUGGGGGGCAGUUCCAGCCUCGCAGUUCACAGGAGGGAACUGGUCUUGGAACUCCGGCAACGACUCUUCUGUUUUAGUGGGGUAUGUCAGAAUGCUUCCUGCCCAUGCCCGCACUCUCGAAUCCUACAGUGGGCAUCACGGAGUCUUUUUCAUGAUCACUGGGACGAAUUCCAGAAGUGACACGAUCUUGUGGCAGGAUCGUCUGAAAGAUGAAGAUCACGAGUCUUACCUUCGCCGCGUCCGCACCAAGGCUCAAGAGAGACACCAGGGAGUGAAGUUCCGAGCUGGAGGCGGGAAGGACUUAGGCAUGGUUAAGCUCCCUUCGGACAGCCCACCCCAAAAACCGGGCGUUUUCCAAGUUACUGGUGUGCCUCGCUCUUGGGACCCUGAAUCCGUUCAGAAAUUUCUGAUGUCGCAAGAUUGGAAAGACGUUGAGAUUUUGAGUAAACGAAGAAACACGUGGAUUCUCAAAGCACGGCCACCCUCGGAGAAUGCAGACGGCCCUUGGUGGUACGAGGACGAGGCCUGCUCCGAUGCGCUCGUACAAGUCGUCAAAGCCCCUCCCCGGACCCCCCAGCUUUUCGAAAAGAUUGCUGUGCCAGGCCCAAAGCGGAAGUUCAGAACUGCUGAGCCUGAGUCUACCGGCGCGAAGGCCCCUGAUAAGCCUACUCCUAAAGCUAAAGCUAGGACUGACUCCAAGACUGUUGAUCGCGGUCGCUCGGAGGUUCCAGCUACUCAGCUUGACCCCACUUCCCAAAACGAGGAAAACGUGGAUGGGAAAGAGCUUCCUAAGCGAAGCAGGUCGCGUAGUGAACCCAGGAACCAGUCGCCCCAGGAGACUGAUGCGUCAGGACAUGAUCGCCACCCUCGUGCUCCAGCCGAUGAAAUCAGCAUGGCAUUUAAGGCAGGAUGGAAAAAGGUAGACUUUGGAGGGAACGGCGAUUGCGGAUACCGAUCUCUUGUCGGAGCCUUAGCUCACAACGAAGGCGAAGAGAUUGAUACUGAGACCGCUAAGAGGAGAGGAGCGGUCCUGCGAGCCUCCUGCAUCAAUCACAUGAGGAAGCGUGCCGAAGAGUAUGCCCCUUGGAUUGCUGAAGACGCUGACACUGCCCCAGAGGAGGAAGCCCCUACCCAGGACAGUAGACUGAAUCGUUUCCUUGCUCAAGCUGCGGACCCUACGUUCUGGAUAUGCGGUAUCCAGCUCUUUGCUGCUUGUGAAAAGCGAGGAAUUCCGAUUGUUAUUUGGUUCAGAGCUCGUAAUGAGACCGCUUGGAAAAGAUGCACCAUGGCGCCGGACUGGAAGGGCGGCCUUCCCAGAAUGGCUGCUGGAGCCAAGCCAGUCGUUCUCAUUCUUCAAGAUGACCACUAUACUUUCCUGCAGCCCCCCACCAAAGGGAAAGUCCCGGAUAGCUGGUUGCGACAAACGGACAUUCCAGAUCCCAAGGUCUUGCAGGGAAGUGGGCCAAAGUCGAGGGCUGCUUCUCUCAGUAGAAAGGACACCGCCUCUGAUGUGCCUUCGCUCCACUCAUGGAACUCCGAGGCCCAUCAGCGGAAUCAAGCAAGAUCGGACGCCACGCCCUCACUUCACUCGUACGCUGAGGAGCCGGCCAGAAGUCGAGCCUCUAGUAAGCGGCUAUGCUCCCAGUUUCAGAAGUGCAGUUGUUCUGACGCGCCCACUCCUUCGCUACACACUUUCGCCGGAGGCAGUCUCAGCUCUGCUUUUGAAGGUGCAAAUGGAGCGAGCGCGGGCUCCAAGCUUAGUCUCCCCGACGUCACUCCCCUAAGGACUGCUUCUUUGAGGAUGACCUCGCGUAACCAGGCCUCUGACGAAGCCUCCCUCAAAACCUUGCCUCACGCUUCUUCUGGCAGCGUCGAAACCCCGACAUGGUAUUGCGAGGAGUGUAAGGAGCAUAUCAGGCCCACUUCGGGUUGCCAGGACCUAGGCCGUGGUUUGUCGCAAGCGCGCACUGCUCACAUUGCUCGUAGACAUCCUGGCCGUCCCUCCUCUGACUUUCCACGAAUUCGGGAGGUGGCCACCGUUGCGGCCGUGCACCGGCGCAAACUCAAGGGCAAGGCAGCAUGGACAUGCUUCUGGUGCCGACAAGUUCUCCCAGCCAUGGAGAAGCGGUCGCGCGAAGCAUCCAUCAAGAAGCAUUUUCAACAGUGCAAAAAGGCACCGCCGGAGUCCACGGCUGGCUCCAACCUUCAGGCCUGGGCACAGGAGCUGAACAAGUCCCACGCGAAUCGUGGUGCUCAGAGCAGAUGUUGGGGUAUGAUUUUGUCCAAGAAGUUGCAAGAUCAUCGGAAGGCCCGCGAAAUCUCGCUGCAGAAGCACAAGCUUGGUCACCGCAUUCGGCAUGUGCUACGAUGUGAAAACGAUCGAGCUCGGAUCAUCUUCACGUGUAGCAAAUGUUUGCAUGUGGCCAGAACUCGCUCGUCGCUGGCGCGGCUCAGUACUCCGUGCCCAGGGGUUGGUGUUCGUGCGAGGGUGCUUCGCACGACGGGCAAGCAGAGACUCUAUGCUAGCAUUGGAACUCAGGGCCGACGGUUGCUCAAACGUAUCUGGGGCCUCUCUGACAAGGAGCACAGUGUGCUGAUGACCAAGGCCAAGGGCUACAGCACGACGGCUCCCCUCAAGCAAUGGUUGCGAGACGUCACGGAGGAAGGGAUCGAGCCCAAUCCGGGACCGUCCACCUCCCUCGUACGUUCUCCUUGGAGUUGCUUUCACUUGAACGCAGGUGGAUGCACCAAUGCCUUUGAGGCCCUUGACCUACUCCAGAGCUCUGAGGUGAAACCUUUGGUGUGGUCCCUGGCCGAGGUUCGCGCAAGUCCGUCUGAGCAAGCGGCUCUCACCAGACGUGCUAACAAGAUGGGAUACAGAGUGUGGUGUGUGCCCUCCACCCAAGGGGCCCGCCGACAAGGCCCUGCCAACUGGAAAGGAGGACUGUGUGUGGGCGUCAAAGACGGCGUCUGCUGCAAACAGAUGGCCACGUGGUGCAAUGACGAAGGCGAAUUGCUGCAGUUAGACUUUGGCUCUUUUCGAUACAUGGCUGCGUGGCGCCGACCUGGUGGCCUCCGUGCCGCUUUUGAUAACGAGGUUGCUCUGUGGGCAAGCCAUGCGGUUGCUGCGGGACACUCCUUGGUGGCCGUGGGUGACUGGAACGACGAGCCCUGCGAGUCGCCACUCGAGGAACUCGGAUACAUGAUCAUUGGCCCUAAGCAACAGGACCGCUACCUGGCCUCCCGAUGGAAAGGCUCGCGUGCCAUCGAUUGGGCCAUGACCAACGACCCUCACGCCGCUUUCACGGCCAGGUUCCUGGAACAUCGUAUCAGCGAUCAUAAGUGCUUGUGGAUCGAGGGCUGCUUCAGCUUUAACCGUGUUGGACAGUUUUCUUUGAGCCGCACUAGAGACCUGUCGCGUCCUGAACAUGUCCCUCUCGAGGUCUGGAGGGAUGCCGUGGCAGCCCACUUUAAAGAUCUUGAGGUGCACUGGGACGAUGAUGUUGACGUCCAGUGGGCGCAGCUUGCUGCACAGCUGGAGCUUUCGCUCCAAGCUGCGAGCUCUAGGCUGGAUGGCCCUGCCAGUAGAUCUUUCAGUCGUGGAGGUUACCGCCCUAAAGGUUCCGUUGCUACGCUUUGUGAGACUCCUAGCGACCGUACUUGCAAGGGUUCAAGCUCGAAUGAGGGAGCUCGCAUUCGCAAACUUGCUUGCUUCUUGGGCAGACUUCAUGAAGCCAAGCGGCUCCAACAGCAUCCGGUUGCUGACUCGGCUGCUGUUAUGGCGAAGAUCCGAGCCACUUGGCCCUCGGACCUGCGUGCCAGCAGCAUUGAGGAAGCAAUCCCCGAAUGUGAGGCGAUCAUCACGAAGGUCCGUCAGCAGCGUCGGGAUGCCAACCUCACUUCCUGGAGGGCAAGGAUGGCACAAGGCGGGCGCGAGGCCGCGCGGUGGCUCAAGAACAAGGCUGGGCUCCUCGCACCGGCUUUGCAGUACACUGUGCGCGGAGUCACCACCACGGCAUCCUCGACUGCUGGUUCGCUCGAGUUGAUUGUGGCCUUCUGGAAGGAAGUGUGGCGCCGACCGCUCCCUGAAGAUCUCCAUGAACAGCUGGACCGGAUGUGGACUGAGCAUGCGCCUCCCCAAGCUGCUUGGCCCGGCGACCAAGGGCCCCUGCAGGCGCAUGAGUUGAUGAAGCGAGCGAGGAGCCACUCCAAGGGCUCUGCCGGACCUGACGGCAUUUCUGCUGAGAACCUUGCAGAUAUGCCGGUGCAGUGGUGGUCCAUGCUGGCUCAGUUGCUCCAGCUUUGGACAGCGCAGAACAAAUUUCCUGUGGCGUGGCGUGAAUCACGCAUGGUCCUCAUCCCCAAAGACGAGGUUACCGGUGCUGCUGCGGAGGUUGCUCGCUUACGUCCCAUCACAGUGUUCAACACCACGUACCGAGUCGUCGCUGCUACAUGGACCGCUCGAGCUUGUGUGAGAGACUGGCUGCCUCAGGUGUGCCCUCCCUACUUUCACGGAGGCAUCGCAGGCCGCAAUGCUUGGCAGGCACUCAGACACAUCGAAGCCUCGUGGGACGAGGAGGCCAUCUUGAUUUCGUUUGAUUUCGAGAAGUGUUUCGACAACGUUGCCCCUUCUCUCGCGUUGGACAACUUGCGCAGACAUGGUUGCCCAGAAGACCUUUUGAAAGUUGUGGCCUGGACCUGGUUAGAGCAGCGACGAUGGAUCCAGUACGGUAGCUUCGUUCAUCCUGAGCCACAGCAGGUGUCGUCGUCGUUGCCGCAGGGAUGCCCUGCUUCGCCGCUGGCCCUCACGGCUCUGCUCUUAGCGCCUGCGACACGGCUCCAACAGAUGAUGGGCGAGGCUCUUAACCAGUCGAUCUUUGUCGAUGACAGGACCGCGGUGACGAGGUCAGCUGAAGACACUGAGCGUGUCAUCGGGUUUUGGGCUGCUGCUGCUAAGGCUCUCGGCCUUCAGGAGAACCAAAACAAGUUGAAGGUUGUUACGCGGAGUGCCAGGCAACGACAGUUGCUGCGUGCAAAAGGCAUACAGCCUUCGGCUGAGGCCACUGUUCUCGGCACUCCCUUUCGGGAGGACGGCCUACUUGAGGACCAGCAAAAGCUCACAACUAACGUGAAACGUGCCUUGGAUGUUGUACAGCAAGGGUCCAGGGAUUUGUGGUUGCUUCUUGCUGGUCAUUGGAUGGAUGUUGGUUUUGCACUUAGACUGGCGUCGGCCUCAGCUUUCUUUGCGGCUGACGCCUUCUGGCGUGAACAGGGCCGUCGCCUCGUCAUAGGACGCUGGGGACAGUCCGUUGGUUCUUUUCUUCAGGAACUCCAGUUUACCAGGACCGGAGCUCACGCUUGGCAACAUGCUGUGGCAGGGGCCUUUGACCUGUCGGCAGGUGACUUGCCUGCCCGAAAUAAGGCGCGACACUUGAUGCGAGAGGCCUGGCGUCGCCAGCGCUAUGCUUCUUUCUUGCGAGGGCAACGGCAUGAACUCGACGACCUCAUCCCCGACGAUGAGGGCUACAGCGAGACCGUACUCAAGGCGGCCAUCAAGCUCUACAACGGCGCUUCCAACGAGGUGCUGGAUCUUUUCUCCUUCGGUGCACGCUGUGUGGUCGUACAGGGGUUCCCAACUGGUGGCAUGCUGCGUGGUGCUGCUCAUAUUUUGCUUCCUCCCGCCCGGCAACUCCGACAUCGUCGUGGGCCUGGAGGUUGGGCUGGCCGCUUCGUGGUGAGCGGCACGCAGAUGUUCGUGAGCGUCUUCGGCAUCUUGGUCUUGUCCGAGCUGCUGUUCGAGGUCAGUUUGGGUUUCGGCCUCCUGGGCGUCGCCAGCUGGAGGUGA